CGAAUUCGCGUGUUUAAUUAGCUGUUAUUUAGAGUUCACGACAUUCUAAUGAAUUUGUAAUAGGUUUUCAAUUACACAUGUGUAAUUCUUAGUGGACAGUUAAUUCCCUUUCUAAGAGUAACACGUAAUCUGAAGGAAUCACAAAACCUUUGACAAAACCAAGUACUGAUAAUUUUGUAAAGAACUUUGUCUUAGUUGAACCCGAUACCUGCUGGGGAUUCCAAACCUUCCGAUACUUUGUUACAUCGACGCAGUUUAAUAGUCUACGAAAGAAAAAAAGUAACAGCUGCUUUGUUUAGCGUUUCCAAACUGCACAAAACUUUCUAACCAUUAUUACAGCGCACUAUCAACAGAAAAUCUUUCUGGCAGGGAAAAUGCACGUCCGAUGUUUUUUCGCGAUCGUCGUUUUAAACUUUGCCUCUAUUACGGCGCUGCACAAAUCUAAAGUCAAGGAACUUACUCUGAUUAAUUUUGACCAAUACGUUGACGGCGAAAGGUUUGCGUUUGUAUUUUUCUACGCCCCAUGGCACGACCAAUGUCAGACAAUUCUGGAUCGCCUUGAAGAAGUGGGCAAAGCGUUUGCUGAUCGAGAUGAUGUGGUGAUUGCCAAGGUGAACGCGUAUGAAGAAAUCAAGCUGGCUACGCGCUUUUGGAUCGAUGAAUAUCCAUCCUACCGAUAUUUUAUUAAAGGAAGCGUAACAGAAGAGACUUACAGGAGCGGUCACCUUGCUGACGACAUGAUCCGUUUUAUCCAAUCGAAAUCCUUUCUCCAUCUGAACACGGAUAUCUUCAUGACUCCAGUCAUCGACUUAAGCUCGUCCAACUUUGAACGCAUCGUCAAGGACAGAACGCGAAGCAUCAUGGUUAUGUACUAUAACGGAAACUGCGAUCUUUGUAACAGUUUACAAAACACAAUUCACGAUGUUGGAAUCACAUUCAGAAACGAGCCAACCUGCCUUAUUGGUCGGCUCAACUGCGACACAGAGCCACAGAUCUGCAUUGCGCAAACCAUUCCCCAUUAUCCCACAUUUAAAGUGUAUUCUCAACACAAUAAAGAUGGCGUGGUGUACGAGCCAGGCGCUUACCAGGAAAGCUACAGCGAGAGAAAUAUGACCACGUUUAUGAACGCGCUCUGUGGGACACAAAGAGAGAUGCGAGGACGACUUAACGAAAAGGCUGGCCUUCUUGACGACUUCAACGAGCUAGCCGUGCAGUUCAUGAAGGAUUACCACAGGCGAACAGAGAUCAUGAGAGAAGCGAAACUCAAAGCCCUCCGUCAUGAGUUCCAGACCGAGGCUAAUUUUUACUUCACUGUCAUGGCACGCGUGAUGUCGUAUGGUGCUGGAAUAAUUAAGGAUGAAAUUGACCGGUUAGAACGUUUGAUCGCCGGCCCACUGCACGCGAACAAGGCCGACGAACUUGAGAGACGAAGAAACAUCCUGAAGCAGUUUCACGUGUUGCAUUACGAGAGAGACGAACUUUAGUGUGUUUAAGUUUUUUUCAUUUAAAAUGUCUUCUUCCCGGUAUCAUGGAUUUUAGUCAGUUAGUAAACAAAACUAACACAUUAUUUCUUUAUCACGCUGUCGUACGUCGUAUUUUCAAGGUAAGAAAAUCUUGUAAUCGGGGAAAAAGAUUUCAAAAUAAAAACUUACAAAGCA